UAACCAAAACUCUAGGCUCUCGUUGCUUCACACUCUCAAAGUCUCACACCAUAACCAGAAAACCAAGAUGUUCGCCAAACGUAGAACUCACACCACAGUUUCCCAGAUUAACCGGAUCUCCACACCACCACCCCAAAACCCCACUUCUCCCCAAACACAAUGUCGCUGACUAUUAAGCUUCACGUCCCCACCUCCCACCUCAACCUCAACGCCACCUCAUUCAAACGACCCACCACCCUAAGAACCACCACCAUACCCAUCUACCACUCUAACCCGUUAUCCUGCUUCGUGCAUAAACACAAACCCAGAACCACAAUGCCUAACGGUGCCAUUAAGAGCUCGCUGAUCGACCCUGACGGUGGGGCCCUCGUCGAUCUGGUGGUGCCGGAGAGCGAGCGUGGGGCCAAGGCGGCGGAGGCGGAGGCGCUGCCGAAGGUGAAGCUGACGCAGAUAGACUUGGAGUGGGUGCAUGUGAUCAGCGAGGGAUGGUCGAGCCCGUUGAGGGGGUUUAUGAGGGAGGAGGAGUACUUGCAGAGCUUGCAUUUCAACUCGUUGAGAAUGAAAGACGGGUCUGUGGUCAACAUGUCGCUUCCCAUUGUGUUGGCCAUUGAUGAUGAAACCAAGGGGACAAUCGGGGCGGAGAAGAAUGUGGGGUUGGUUGGACCUAAUGGAGAUUUGGUUGGGAUGUUAAGGAGUGUUGAGAUAUACAAGCAUAACAAAGAAGAAAGGAUUGCGAGAACUUGGGGGUCCAUUGCACCAGGAUUGCCGUACGUUGAGGAAUCCAUCACUCCAGCUGGGAACUGGCUUAUUGGUGGAGAUUUGGAAGUACUAGAGCGUAUCAAAUACAAUGAUGGGCUCGAUAACUACAGACUCUCUCCUCAACAACUCCGAAAUGAAUUUGAUAAGCGUCAGGCCGACGCAGUUUUUGCAUUUCAAUUAAGAAAUCCUGUACAUAAUGGUCAUGCUUUGUUGAUGAAUGAUACACGCCGCCGACUCUUGGAAAUGGGUUACAAAAAUCCAGUUCUAUUGCUUCAUCCUUUAGGAGGUUAUACAAAGCCGGAUGAUGUGCCCUUGGAUGUUCGGAUGGAGCAACAUAGCAAGGUACUAGAAGAUGGAGUUCUCGACCCUGAGACUACCAUUGUGGGCAUAUUCCCAUCUCCUAUGCACUAUGCUGGUCCAACUGAGGUACAAUGGCAUGCAAAAGCACGGAUAAAUGCAGGUGCAAAUUUCUAUAUUGUGGGUCGUGAUCCUGCUGGCAUGGGACACCCAACAGAGAAGAGGGACUUGUAUGACCCUGAUCAUGGAAAAAAGGUGUUGAGCAUGGCACCUGGUCUCGAGAAACUCAAUAUUUUGCCAUUCAGGGUGGCUGCUUAUGACACUGUGGCAAAGAAGAUGGCAUUUUUUGAUCCUUCACGAGCAAAAGAUUUCCUCUUCAUCUCUGGGACCAAGAUGCGGACUUUUGCAAAGACAGGCGAAAACCCUCCUGAUGGUUUCAUGUGUCCCGGAGGAUGGAAGGUUCUAGUGAACUACUAUGAGAGCUUGCAAACAGAAGAGUCAUCUCAGCAGCCAGCUGUUUUGUCAACUUAAGAUAUAUAUGAUGAGUUGCAUAGUAGUCUCUUCAGUUAAGACUACGCUGAUUGCAGUGUAGCAUGGAGUCAUGGAGAAGCUUAGUCACUCAGCAGAUUAUAACAACUAUUCCGUCACAAAGGGUUUCUGUUUUUCAUUCUAGUUACCGCAUCGGAUCUGCUGAUGCUUGUAAAAUCUUGGUUUUUUUUUUCUGGUCAUCCAAUUUUUUACGAGGUUAUGAUAUGAACAAGUACUAGAACGGAGUGGAAGAUAGGAUUUUCAAUUUUGGUUUGUAAAGGUGUCGAAGAAUGGCCCAAAAGAUUACCUCUCCCAGAAUAUGCCCUUAAAUGAGUGAUUCUGCAAUUUAGCCCAAAUGGAGUGGACCAAAUCACUGGAUUGAGUUUCUGUUUGAACUCGGAAUACGAAACCAAGGGGACUGCUAAAUUAAAAUUAGAAUGAUCAACG